CAUUAUUUAAAGUUGAUCUAACGUGUAAUAUAGUACUCUCAUUCUCUACUAGUCUUCUUCCCAACUUGAUAAUAUGGCAGAUUCAGACCAGCUAAUUUCUUCCUCUGAUUAUACUACUUCUUAUUCUCAAGGAAAAAUAUUGAAAGAAGCUGAAACUGAAUUUUCUGAAGAUGAAGAAGAAUUGAUAAUCAGGAUGUACAAUUUGCUCGGCGAGAGGUGGUCUCUUAUAGCUGGAAGAAUCCCCGGACGAACUGCAGAGGAGAUUGAGAAGUAUUGGAAUACUCGAUCUUCAACCAGUCAAUAAAUAAUGCCAAUAGAAUUAACUACUGAGCUUUUUGGACUUAAAAAAAAAUACAGGCUCAACCUGCAAAGAGAAAGUAGACAUAGAAAUCUUGUUACCUUGUCUUUCUUCCAUGAUUCAUUGGGCAAUUUGAAUAAACUUCAGUUUUCUUAA